GCCCUGUAAACAGCUGUGCUACGCAAGACUAGCAAUGGGCUCUACCACGACAAGGUGUCUUCUCCGCGCACUCCAACGCAUUCAAGAAACAUGCGCAGUAUCAUCCGAGGAGAAAACACGCGAGCGGAGCAAUGCUAGCAUUUGGCUCGGAACGCAGUUCACGGACUGGUUCAAGGGCUUCUACAUCACCAAACACGGUCGCGGCCUAUCCAAUAUCCGCAUCCUUUCCCUUAGCAACAGCAGCUCAAUCUGCACCGCCAUCCUCGCCCUCCUCGAACACGUCCCCACCGUCACCAUCGAAAUUACUAUCCUAGAAUCCGACCCCGUUUCGAAGGCGCGACUAUGGCAGUCCAAAUCCUCCAUCCAAUCCGCACCGCACCCGCACGUCGAGCGCCUCGAGAUAAUCAUGGCACGCGAUUGCGCAGUCGCGACGGUCGCUUGGGAAAUCGACCUGGUUCUGCUCGGCGCGGAUCGGAUUGAACAUGAUGGCGCUGUGUCAAACAAAAUCAGUUUCUUGGCUGUGGCUAUAUGUGCGCGGACUUUGAAUAAGAAUGCUCAAGUUGUUGUCGUGAGUAAUUCGGAUAAGAUUGCGGCGGGAGAUGACAAGCUUCAUCCUGCGGAGAACACGAUGCAAGGGAGAUCACAAAGUCGUAGUACGAAGCCAGGGUUCCGGAUUUGGAGGUCCAGGAACCAAGAUAGUAUUUGCGACACGAUUGUCGGCUCGAGUGAAGUGCGCCAGCCCAACAACUAA